AUAUGCGUACAGCUGCGUAUGCUUUUCGUCUAGAGAUCGUCUCCUCGGCUGCAAAGUCAAAUAUUUUACGGCGCCAGUACUUCAGAGCAGCGAAAUGCUAUAUGGUGACUAUGAUCAGGAAAUGCAAAAAUAUGAUGCCUUCUGCUAUGAAUAUUACUGCAGAUUAAGACAAAAUAAUGCUGCAUUAUACCGAGCAUUAUAUGAAAACUGGUACAGUGCAAAUAAUUUUUACCCAGCACAUUAUGGAUGGAUUAGAGACAUGAAUUUGAGCAGCAAAUUUUCUGACUCAGAGAGGUCAUCGUUGCCCAUAGUCCAGUCAAAUGAAGAUUGGCAGAAAAGUAAUGACUACUCAACAGCUACAGGUAUGGAAAAUAAUGAUAGACCAGAAAUAGAUUUUCAGUAUUAUGAUUCGUAUUUCUAUGGGUUUUAUGACGCCAUGAGAAGGAUAAACCCAACAAUGUAUGCAAUGCUUUAUGCAAAAUGGUGUGCAUCACAUCAUUUACCUGUUAAUGAGGCUUACAGGAGUCAAAUUCCACAUAAUAUAACAGCUAGAGAAUCUUCACAUUUGGCGAGAGAGCGAUUGCCAAAGGACUUUAUAACUGCUCAUUGUGAUACAGAUGGAAGUGAAAUUCUUACUUCUGAUUCUUCAUCAUCUCCAGAAACCAAGGAGAUGGAACAUUUACACAGAGGUCUUGUUGAAGAAUAUUGCCAGGUUACCUCAGGAAGUGGACAUCAGGUAAAUGACAGAGAUAUUACAUCAGAAGUACAACUACAAGGAGGUGUUGCUGCUGAUAGGGUGCUACCAAAAUUCUAUGAACCAGGGGACACGAAUCCUAGACAGGAGAUAAAGGCAACUAUUUUUUGGUGUCUUCAUAGUGUCUAUUGUUACCAAAAGUUCCUAAUAAACUUUUAUGCAAUUUGUACUGGGUAA